UCAUUGCCCUUUUUUCCGCGCGCACGGACGGGUCUGUUCUUCUGUUUAUUCGGUUUUUAUAUUUUUUUGCGUUGCCAACGCCACACCGCACAAACAGAAGGCAAAAGCAGUGGACACGGCCGUGUCGCCCCCGGCUCUACAAAACACUCGAUUCUCACGUUAUACGGGGGGUAAUUGGCUAGUUUUUGUUAUUGUUAAAUGUAAACAAUAUUUUACAAAAAUAAUUCCUUUAGCUAGAUCACAAAAUGCAGUCAAUUAAGACGGCAGAUUUGCCGGAGAAUCCGCGAGAGACUUGCAGUUUUAUAUCAGCAGCAUGCUUUUGGUAUACCAUGCCCGUAUUUAUCAAGGGACGCAAGAACACCUUGGAUACAACGGAUCUGUACAGAGCCCUUAAGGAACACAAGUCUGAGACGCUGGGCAACAAAUUGUGCGCCGCCUGGGAGCGAGAGCAGCAGCAGGGCGCCAAGAGGCGACCCAGCCUGCUGCGUGCGCUGAUACGCGUCUUUGGCUGGUACUUUGGGCUGCUCGGCCUGGUGCUGUUCCUGCUGGAACUGGGACUGCGCACCCUGCAACCGCUUUUCCUGCUUAAGCUGAUAUCCUACUAUUCCCAUGGUUCGGAGUCGAUAGAAGCUGCGUACUACUAUGCGGGCGGUGUGAUCCUGUGUAGUGCGCUCAAUGUAAUCAUCAUGCAUCCCUACAUGCUCGGCACCAUGCACGUAGGCUUGAAAAUGCGUGUGGGAAUGUGUAGCAUGAUCUACCGCAAGGCUUUGCGGCUGAGUAAAACCGCCCUGGGAGACACCACAGCUGGCCAUGUGGUUAAUCUGAUGUCCAACGAUGUGGGACGCCUGGAUUUGGCCACCAUAUUUGUGCACUAUCUGUGGGUGGGUCCACUGGAAACUGUUUUCAUUACAUUUCUCAUGUACCAGGAGAUUGGUAUUGCUGCCGUGUUCGGUGUGGCCUUUAUGCUGCUGUUUAUACCCCUGCAGGCGUAUCUGGGCAAGAAGACUUCUGUGCUGCGCCUGCGAACGGCCCUGCGAACGGACGAGCGGGUGCGAAUGAUGAAUGAGAUCAUAUCAGGCAUCCAAGUGAUCAAGAUGUAUGCCUGGGAGCUGCCCUUCGAGACGAUGGUUGCGUAUGCGCGCAAAAAGGAAAUCAAUGCCAUACGACACGUGUCCUACAUACGCGGCAUCCUGCUCUCCUUCAUAAUCUUCCUCACGCGCGUCUCCAUAUUCCUCAGUCUGGUGGGAUACGUGCUGCUGGGCACUUUCCUUACGCCCGAGGUGGCAUUCCUGAUCACCGCCUACUACAAUAUCCUGCGCACCACAAUGACCGUGUUCUUUCCCCAAGGCAUCUCCCAGAUGGCCGAGACACUGGUGUCCAUCAAACGCGUGGAGAAGUACAUGCAAUCAGACGAAACGGAUGUUUCGGACAAGAGUGUGGAUUGGCCGCUGGAAACGCCGGGCAGCAAUCAGGCGACGGUUUACGGCGAGACAGAGGAGGAUCUCGACGAAGUCGAGGAUAAGCUGUUGCCCUCACCACUGCCGAUGCCUGUACCCAUGCCACUGGGAAAGAUCAACGAGAAUGCAGUGCUAUCCGAAGCGGGCAUUGCCAUCAACGGGCUGAAGGCCAAGUGGGAUGUCAACUCACCCGACUACACACUCAAUUGCGUGAAUCUGCGCGUGCAGCCAGGCACCAUGUUGGGCAUUGUGGGACGCACGGGCUCUGGCAAAUCCAGUCUCAUGCAAGCGAUACUCGGGGAACUGCGCUCCGAGUCGGGGGAGAUCAAGGUGAAUGGCACGAUUUCGUAUGCCUCCCAGGAGCCGUGGCUCUUCUCCGGCACCGUGCGACAGAAUAUUCUCUUUGGCCAGCCCAUGGACAGACGGCGUUACACCAAGGUGGUAAAGAAGUGCGCCCUCGAGCGUGACUUUGACCUGCUGCCGUACAAAGACAAGACAAUUGUGGGCGAACGCGGUGCCUCGCUGUCCGGCGGCCAAAAGGCGAGAAUCAGUCUGGCCCGAGCCGUUUACCGAGAGACAUCCAUCUACUUGCUCGAUGAUCCCCUCAGCGCGGUCGACACGCAUGUGGCCCGCCAUCUCUUCGAGCAGUGCAUGCGCGGCUAUCUGAGGGAGCGUAUUGUCAUAUUGGCCACCCAUCAGCUGCAGUUCCUGCAGCAGGCCGACCAGAUCGUCAUAAUGGACAAGGGUCAGGUAAGUGCUGUGGGCACGUACGAGUCGCUGCGCGAUUCCGGUGUGGACUUUGCCUCAAUGCUGAACGAGGAGGCACGCGAAGAGCAGACGGAGGAACGCUCGCGCUCUCGGUCGGGCAGUCAAGUUGAUCAACGACGCAACAGCGAGAUAUCCCUGGUAUCUGUAACCGAUUCCGUGCUAGAUGCUGGCGCAGAUCAAAUGGUCAGCCAGGAGCGACAGACGCAGGGUCGCAUCGGGUUAGGCCUGUACAAUAAGUACUUUAAAGCCGGCGGCGGUUUCUUUGCCUUCUUCGUGAUGAUGGCUUUUUGUGUGCUGUCGCAGGUGCUGGCAUCGUUGGGGGACUACUUCCUAUCAUAUUGGGUCACCAAGAAAGGAAACGAUGCAGUGCUCGCCAGCAGCAACGCAGAGAAUGAUACAACGAUACAAUCUCCUAUGCUAGAGAAUCGACUCUCCCACUGGCUGACUGAGCAGGGCUUGCCCGUGGACGCUGAAAUGCUGGACACAUAUAUAUUCACGCUGAUUACGGUUCUCACCAUUGUGGUGACGGUGGCACGUUCAUUUCUGUUCUUCAAUCUGGCCAUGAAGGCCUCCAUUAGUCUGCACAAUUCCAUGUUUCACGGCAUUAGCAGAGCGGCCAUGUUUUUCUUCAACACGAAUCCGUCCGGACGCAUUUUGAAUCGUUUCUCCAAGGAUAUGGGCCAAGUGGAUGAGAUACUGCCCGCUGUGAUGAUGGACGUCAUACAGAUCUUUCUCGCACUGGCAGGCAUCGUCAUUGUCAUAGCGAUUGUCAAUCCGCUCUUUCUCAUACCCACGGUCGUGCUGGGUAUAAUUUUCUACCAGUUGCGGACGUUCUAUCUGAAAACCUCACGUGAUGUCAAGCGCAUGGAGGCCAUCACUCGCUCGCCCGUCUAUUCGCAUUUGGCUGCCUCGCUGACGGGCCUGUCCACCAUUCGUGCCUUUGGGGCACAGCGUGUGCUGGAGGCAGAGUUCGACAACUAUCAGGAUAUGCACAGCUCCGCCUUCUACAUGUUUAUCAGCACUUCGCGCGCCUUUGGCUACUGGCUGGACUGUUUCUGUGUGAUUUACAUAGCGAUAAUCACACUCAGUUUCUUUGUCUAUCCUCCAGCUAACGGCGGCGACGUGGGUCUCGCCAUAACACAGGCCAUGGGCAUGACGGGCAUGGUCCAGUGGGGCAUGCGACAGUCUGCCGAGCUGGAGAACACAAUGACCGCCGUGGAGCGAGUGGUUGAAUACGAGGACAUUGAGCCAGAAGGAGAACUGGAGGCCGCAAAUCCGGCGAAGAAGCCACCAAAGUCAUGGCCCGCAGAAGGAAAGAUUAUAUUUGACGAGCUGAGCCUGCGCUAUGUGCCAGAUCCUAAGGCAGAGUAUGUGCUCAAGUCGCUGAAUUUCGUCAUCCAACCGCGUGAAAAGGUGGGCAUCGUGGGACGGACGGGUGCGGGCAAAUCCUCUCUGAUCAAUGCGCUGUUCCGACUGUCCUACAACGAGGGAUCCAUUCUGAUCGAUAAGCGGGACACGAAUGUGAUGGGAUUGCACGAUCUACGCAGCAAGAUCUCAAUUAUUCCCCAGGAACCAGUGCUAUUCUCUGGCACAAUGCGCUACAAUUUGGAUCCAUUUGAUGAGUACAAAGACGAGAAGCUGUGGCGCUCCUUGGAGGAGGUGAAGCUAAAGGAAGUUGUGGCCGAUCUGCCCAGUGGACUGCAGAGCAAAAUCACCGAAGGUGGCACCAACUUUAGCGUGGGUCAGCGUCAGUUGGUGUGCCUGGCCAGGGCUGUGUAUCGUAAGGCGGAUGUAUACCUACUGGACGAUCCCCUCAGCGCCGUGGACACCCAUGUGGGUAGGCAUCUGUUUGAUGAAUGCAUGCGGGGAUUCCUACGCCACAAACUAGUCGUUCUGGUCACGCAUCAGCUGCAGUUUCUGGAGCAGGCCGAUAUGAUUGUAAUCAUGGACAAAGGGAAGGUCACGGCCAUCGGCAGCUAUGCGGAAAUGCUCCAGAGUGGACAGGAUUUUGCACAACUUUUGGCAGAGAGCACCCAAAACGAGGAGAGCGGAGCUGGCGAUGAUGCAAAUGGAACUAAGUCGCUCUCCCGCCAGAGCAGCACUCAAAGCACUGCCAGUGCGUCCUCCCAGGAGUCUUUGGUGCCACAGGAGAAGGAGAAGGAGAAACCGAAGCCGAGCUCGGUGCAGGUGCAGGAAUCGCGCAGUGGCGGCAAGAUCGGUCUGUCCAUGUACAAGAAAUACUUUGCAGCUGGCUGUGGGGUGCUAACGUUUGCCCUACUGGCCGCACUGUGCGCUGGCACACAACUCCUGGCCUCUGGCGGCGAUUACUUUCUGUCCUAUUGGGUCAAAAACAACGCCACGUCUUCCUCUUCGUUGGACAUUUACUAUUUUGCGGCAAUCAACGUUGGGCUGGUGAUCUGUGCCCUGCUGCGCACGCUGCUGUUCUUCAGUAUGACCAUGCACUCGUCCACGGAGCUGCAUAACACCAUGUUCCGUGGUGUGUCGCGCACUGCGUUGUAUUUCUUUCACACGAAUCCCUCGGGCAGGAUUCUGAACCGUUUCGCCAUGGACCUAGGGCAGGUGGACGAGAUGCUGCCCGCUGUCAUGCUGGACUGCAUUCAGAUCUUUUUAACACUGACGGGCAUCAUCUGUGUGCUAUGCCUCACCAAUCCCUGGUACCUGAUCAACACCAUCGCCAUGGUGUUGGCCUUCUACUAUUGGAGGGAGUUUUACCUCAAGACGUCACGCGAUGUGAAGCGUCUCGAGGCGGUGGCCCGCUCGCCCAUGUACUCGCACUUUAGUGCCACGCUCAACGGACUGCCCACGAUCCGGGCCCUGGGCGCCCAGAGGACAUUGAUCCGGGAGUAUGACAACUAUCAGGAUCUGCACAGCUCCGGCUACUACACAUUCAUCUCUACCAGUCGUGCCUUUGGCUACUAUUUGGACCUUUUCUGCGUGGCCUAUGUGGUGUCGGUGAUCCUCAAUAGCUUCUUCAAUCCGCCAGUCAGCAAUCCUGGCCAGAUUGGCCUGGCCAUCACCCAGGCUCUGGGCAUGACGGGCAUGGUUCAGUGGGGCAUGCGACAAUCGGCCGAGCUGGAGAACUCGAUGACAUCGGUGGAGCGUGUCCUCGAGUAUAAGAAUCUGCAGGCAGAGGGCGAGUUUUCCUCUGUAAAUGACAAAACACCGCCAAAGAGUUGGCCGGAAGAGGGUCAAGUAGUGGCCAAGGAUUUAAGUUUGCGAUAUGCGCCCGAUCCCGAAACGGAUUCAGUGCUCAAGUCGCUGAAUUUCGUCAUCAAACCGCGUGAAAAGGUGGGCAUCGUGGGACGCACAGGAGCGGGUAAGUCCUCGCUGAUUAAUGCGCUAUUCCGGCUGUCCUACAACGAUGGAUCCAUCCUAAUCGAUAAGCGGGACACGAGUGAGAUGGGACUGCACGAUCUGCGCAGCAAGAUCUCAAUUAUUCCCCAGGAACCGGUGCUAUUCUCUGGCACAAUGCGCUACAAUUUGGAUCCCUUUGAGCAGUAUCCGGAUGAUAAGCUGUGGCAGGCCUUGGAAGAGGUACAUCUUAAGGAGGUCAUUUUUGAGCUGCCAACGGGCCUGCAGAGCAGCAUUUCCGAAGGUGGCACCAACUUUAGCGUGGGUCAGCGUCAGUUGGUGUGUCUGGCUCGUGCCAUUCUGCGCGAGAAUCGCAUUCUGGUGAUGGACGAGGCCACGGCCAAUGUGGAUCCCCAAACGGAUGGCCUCAUCCAGACCACCAUUCGCAACAAGUUUAAAGACUGCACUGUACUAACGAUAGCCCAUCGUCUGAACACUAUUAUGGACUCGGACAAAGUGAUGGUUCUGGAUGCUGGCCGUGUUGUGGAGUUUGGAUCCCCCUACGAGCUGUUAACCAAGUCCGAAAGCAAAGUAUUCCAUGGCAUGGUUAUGCAGACGGGAAAAUCCAGCUUCGAGCAUUUACUUAAAGUGGCACAGGAUGCCCAGAAACACAUUCUCUAAUAUUUAUAGCCGAAUACCUCGUCAAAACUAUAGCUUAUAGUAGCCGAUUAAAUGACAAUAUACGGAAAAAGGGAUCUUGAGAUGCAUGGGUUUUGUGUUGGAGUAUACGAAAAUGACACAGAGUGUACUUAAACUAUUAAAAAUAAAUGGAACUUAAUAGUUAUAA